UGGUUCUCCGUCUCUUCCCCCUCGUACUUCCCAGGGCCUGGCCUGCCCAGGGGUCACCUGGAGACAGGGCUGGGGAAGGAACCUGAGCCCGCUGCCCCGCUCGCGUGCAGCGCAGCCUUCGUACAGGGAAAACCUUGUCGCUGUGGCUUCAAGUCUCUCAAGGAAGGAGGCCCAUUGCCCUGUGUUCACCAAGCCAGAGGCAGACAGGGAAGGAAGUGGGGCAGGGCUGUGGAGCACACUGAGCGCGGCUGCUCCCCGGGGCCUGCUCACACAUGAAAACUUCCUGCGAUGAUAACGGAAGCACGGGUGCUGUCCCCACCACGACAGCUCCCAGAGCUGGGGCCAGAGGGAAGCCAUGGACGGGCCCCGGGCCCCGGGCCUGCUCCUGGUGCUGCUGACACUCUGCAUCACUGCUGGGACCCCUGAAGUGUGGGUGCAAGUUCAGAUGGAGGCCACCAAGUCCCCGUCCUUCACUGUCCGCUGUGGAUUCCUGGGAUCUGGCUCUGUCUCCCUAGUGACCGUGAGCUCCGGGGGGCCUGAUGGUGCCGGAGGGACUAGGCUGGCUGUUUUGCACCCAGAAUUCGGCAUCCAGCACUGGCCCCCUGCCUGCCAGGCCCAUUGGGAAACCAAAACCAGCAUCUCCCUCACGGUGGAAGAAGGGUCUGAGGGGAGGAGCCCCAGGCCCAACACCACCUUCUGCUGCAACUUUGUUUCCUUUCCUGAGGGCUCCCAGGAGGCCUGUGGGAACCUCUUCCUCAGCACAGACCAAGGUGGGGCUGAGGAGAGGGGGCCAGGGAGGAAGGGGGGCACCAGCCGCCCGUCUGGUACGCCUCUUUGUCUAUACACAGGGCUCCCUGCCCCUACUCCAGCUCCCAUACUGCGGGCUGACCUGGCCGGGAUCUUUGGGGUGUCAGGGGUCCUCCUCUUUGGCUGUGUUUACCUCCUCCACCUCCUGCAUCGGCAGAGGCACUGGUCUGUCCUGAAGGUCCAGCCCCGCCUCGCCGGUCCCCAGACACAGGCGCGAGCAAGGGGGGCUGGUCAGGCCUCCCUGGUCUCUCUCCAGGCCGCCUACCCCACCGUCAACACCAGCUGCUACGGCCCGGCAACUCUGGACACGGUGCUCCCGCCCCGGCCACUGUCCCGGUGGGCGGCACUGCCCGCCCCCACAGCCUGCCAGCCCCAGCCGCCCGCCCGCUGGGCACCCCUGCCAGCCUCAGCACGCGACAGUUUCAUCUCCGUGGAGAAUGGACUUUAUGCUCAGGCGGGAGAGAGGCCUUUCCAAGCCGGCCCCAACCUCGUCCCUUUCCCGGACUCUCUGGGGCACAGAGUCAUGGAGGGGCAUUUAGGAGUUCGAUGAGAGGGACCCCAAGUCCGCUUGGGCUUCCUCUCCUCUCAGACUUCUGGGACCCCCUUGUGGUGUCUGGGUCCUGGGGGCGCAUCAUCUUUGCACAUCUUAUUUCAUUCUUAGGCCCGCAUAAGUGUCUCCACACAUGCCCGGCCAAGGCCCCCUUGCUGCGGAUGUGGUCAGCACGUGUGCACGCGUGGGUACGUGUGGGCACACGUGUAUCUAUGUGAGGUGACAAAAUCCCAUCCCAGGUUGAUUUCCUGUUUUCAAGUCCCCAACCCUCACAGGUGAUGUUGGUAACUUAAAAAAAAAAAAAAAAA